AUGGCAUGUUCCCUGUGGAAACUACCCACCUUCUGCUGGUUUCUCAUCACAUUAGCCCAAGUGCACUCCACAGAGGGGUUCAGUCGUGCAGCCCUGCCAUUUGGCUUAGUGCGGAGGGAGCUGUCUUGUGAGGGUUACCCCAUUGAUUUGCGCUGUCCAGGAAGUGAUGUCAUAAUGAUUGAAAGCGCCAACUAUGGCCGCACCGACGACAAGAUUUGCGAUGCUGACCCUUUCCAAAUGGAGAACAUCAACUGCUAUCUUCCAGAUGCCUACAAGAUUAUGUCACAAAGGUAA